CAGGCAACAGCUGACAGGUAGUUAAGAUGGUUGAGCAAGCUGCGCAGGAUUAUGCUAAGAUCAUAAAAAGCAUUGAUUUGGAAAAGGAGAUAAGUCCAAUAUGCACGAACAUUGACGAUAUGCUGACGCGACUGGAUGAGUUUGAAGCCGUGCUGGGUUCAGUGCGUGCAGAGACAAAUAGCAUGAUUGGAAAUCAUGUGUGCGGCAUACUCAGUUUCAGCAAUCAUUUUAAUGAACUACGGGAACGCGUAGACAAAUUGGAGCACUUUGUAAACAUUGUCAAGGAUAAUCUUGAUGAAGUAGAAAGUUCGGUGGAUAUUGCAGAGCAGGAGCUUAAUGUUACAGACUACAGUCUCAGAGGCUUGAUUCUUAAACCACUGAAGGCCAAAUUGACAGCACCGGAUGCACUUGGCACUGAAGUUAAAAGUAACUUGAUCGACGGCGAGUUUAAAGCCGUGCCCAUCUUCAAAUCAGAUGACUACUUUGGCAAGUUGGAAACAAGUAGUGCAAAUAACACCAGCUAACAUUGGCCAUAUAAAUAUUUAG